AUGGACCACGAAAUCGAGAAAGGUCUUGACAGGACCGCAUACAAGCCACCACAGAUGCUGCCAACGCAGACGCUUAACCCAACCUCCAGCUCAGGAGGUGCUGGGGCGAAGGAGACGGGAAAGGGGAAGAGAGAUCUAGAAGUAAAUGACCAUUAUGCGGACGAGCCGCUGAACAAGCAUGUACUUGUCAAGAGAAAACAACCGCUGGAUGCGAAUAAAUGGUGGUGGUUUGGGGUAGGACUAACUGGGGUUGGCAGCUUCCUCUACUAUUGCUUCUGA